UCAAAAGCCACCUUGCGGACGGGACACGCACCCUUCUUCCCCAACUGCGCGGCGCCCGGCAUUUCUCCCACCUGCUCCCCGCGUUCCCCUCUUCCCCUCCUCCAAAAACCUCCACUAAACCCUAGAGAAAUCCCACCUUCCGAUCCACAUCGCCACCAGAGUUCGGAGAAGAUGGGAGGAAUCCGACGAGAGCGUCGUGCUGCUGUGGCCGCGGCAUCGGCAUCGGCAGAAGAGUCGCUCCGCCGUAGCUGCGAGGAGGUCCUGCGCCUGAACGAGGAGGGGAACACGGCCGGGGCGAGCGGCCUCGCGCUGAAGCUUGUGGACCAGCACCCCAAGUCCGCGGCCCCCUGCAACUUGGUGGGCUAUCUGAUGGAGUCCGCCACAUCCAAGGUACGGUACCAACUCGAGCAGCAGGAUUCCGUCAGGGCCCGAUCUGGGCAGCAUGCCGAUGCUGAUCCCGAUCCCGCGAGGAUCGCGGAGGAACGCGCCAGAGCUGAUGAGAGGGAAGUCGCCAUAUCCCACAUGGCGGCCUGUCAAGAGGGGUGCGUCGCCUGGUACCGGAGGGCUUCCCAGCUCGCCCCCAGAUGCCCUUACACGCGGGCGAACUGUGCCAGAGUACUUGGUAUGUCUGACCACACCGCAGAGGCGUACAAGGAGUUUAGCGCUGCCGUUCACAUCCGCAACCCCGAGGUUCCUGAUAGAAACAAUCCCUGGAUGCAUUCCACCGAUGUAAUGACAGACGAAGAGAAGAAGCUGUCCGCGAUCGCCAUGGCGCAGGAUGAGUUUAACUGUUUCCUCCAUCUUUCGGACACCAGGGUGUACACAGCUUGCCGCGAUCUGCUGUACAACCUCCGCCAAGGCACUCCUGGGGUCAAGGCAAGGAAUGAAGCACGCGAUCUUGCUGCAAAGUACCCCUUCUCUGCACGUGCGAAUCUGCUUCUGCCAUAUCUCAUGCGAUCCUUCAUUGGUACAUCUUCAAGUACGAUACCAAAGGUGCAACAGUAUAAACAGGUGCUUCGGGAGGUUGCUCAGAUUGUUGACACGUUCCCGUCAUCUAUAGUGAUAUCCUUGUUUAGAGCUGAAGUCCUGUUUGCAAUGGAGCGAUAUCUAGAUGCAUCAGUAGAGUGCCUCCGCGGACUCACGAUUACGAGGCCAGAUGAUCCUGUUUCGCAGGUCAUCCCGCCAGAUUCUGCCUCUGGGUCUGGGCGAACUGAGAGAACACAAGUUGUCCUUGAAAAGCUCAUCGAUCUGUUGGAGAAAAGUGAGGAGAAAGUCGUUGAUGCUGAGGAGAUUGAGAAGCUUCAACAGGCUCUCUGCCUUAGACCCGAAGAUCCUGAACUCAAGUGCCUAGUAAAGGGUCUUGUUGAUGACUUGAACAAAAGCCUGUCGGAAGAUCUCAACCUGAAGCUGAAACAUGGAGAGCCAGUUCCGAGGGAGCAAAAAUGUACCUCCUCAAAGAAGCAACCUAUCAAGGUCCUUGGAAAAACGCCUGAGAACAAGAAUAUUGCUGAGAAAAGUACCUCCUCAAAGAAGCAACCUAUAAAGGUCCUGGGAGAGAAUGCUGAGAACAAGAAUAUUGCUGAGAAAAGUACCUCCUCAAAGAAGCAACCUAUAAAUGUCCUGGAAGAGAAUGCUGAGAAAGGUAAAGGUGAUAAAGGGAAGUCUGCAAUCACAAUACCACAAUCUGUUCUCUACAGUAACAAAUAUCAAAAGUUUACCAAGAAGAAAACGGAGGAGGCGGUCAGCCCCCUUCAGAUAAUGGGAAAACGGAUAGUUCCACGGGAGACGGUGGACGUCUAUGCUGAUUAUUGUUAUCUCAGAUCAACAUGUUCAGUCAAAAAGGAUAUUUGUCAUUUGUGUGUCUUUGAGGCACACAAAUAUUAUAAGAAUGACUUUUUCAAGGGAAAUAUGAUUUUGCAUUGCCAGACCAAGCAUGAAACAAGGACCAUGAAAUGUGAUGUCCCCGAGUGCGAUGUCAGGCUUAGGACAGAAGAGGAAAAGGAAGUUCACUAUCAUUACUGUCAUGCAAUUCACAAAGAUUGGUGGAAGCAUUGGUAGGAUACUUACUGGAAGCAUCGGUGGAUCAGGGUAAGUUCAGGGCCAGUAACGAUGAAGUGGACAGUCUUUGGUGGACAAGCUGAAGAAGAUUGCAUCUGACCACGUGUCGCAGAACAUUGGUUCAGUAGGGAGUUGUAUAAUGUAGUCACUGUGUGGACAUAUAUCAGGUUUUCAGUGUGUUUUGGUGGCUUUUCUACUAUUUGCACUCGUUUUUCUCUCUUUUUGCGCUGCUUGGCAGAACUGGUAACCCGAGAUGUAUUCAGACUUGUGUGGUUCUUUCAUAGAAAAAGCAGGGCCCAUUACGUGGUAACUGACAGAAAAGUUCA